UUGGAUCUCUCCCCCUUUCAAGAUAAAUAGUAUGGAACGGGGUAGAAGGAUUGGUGAACUACAGACAUCAAUCAGAGACACGAGGACACAACGUACUUCACUCUGUCACUCACACCAAACCAGAGACGAAUCAAAUCAAACAACAGAAAACAAGAGCAGGAGAUGGCUUCCGAAGACAGGUUGAAAGGACCAGACCAGCCGAAGCUGUGCAUCAAUGGGUGCGGGUUCUUUGGGACAGCGGCAAACCAGAACCGCUGUUCCAAGUGCUACCGCGACCACGUCCUCCGCAAGUUAGAGAAGAGCUCUUCCUCUUCUUCUUCCACGGUGGUUCCCUCUUUAUCUUUGCCGUCGUUGUCACCUUCACCGACGACAUCUUCUUCUCCUCCUCCGGCAUCCUCGGUGGGUUCGAAAGCGACGGUGAACAGAUGCGUUAGCUGCAGGAAGCGUGUCGGCUUAUUGGGUUUUACGUGCCGGUGCGGGAGCACAUUCUGCUCGAUUCACAGAUACCCAGAGAAGCAUCAGUGUGGAUUCGACUUCAAGACCACUGGGCGAAUCGCCAUAUCUGAGACUAGUCCAACAAUCAAGGCCGACAAACUCGAUGAGAGAAUCUGACCUUUUUUCAUUCCUUCCUUCUCAUACUCUUAGUAGGGGCAAUUAGUAAUUGAAUUUUUUUUAUUGUUUG